AAACAGAAUAACACACAAAAUCUAGAAUCUACCUUGUAUAAAACAAAACGUGUUAAAUCGUUACGCAGCGAGUAUUCCAACGCUCGCCUAUUGAAAUCUUUGACGGCCAAAAGCCCCUCCUUUCCAGAAACUAGCCUGCAAAACCUCAUCACCAUCACCAAAAAUCCCAAAAAUGGCAACGCAAGAUCUUACCAUCCCGCAACACACGCCCAUCGGCGAAGCUCCCCGUGCCAUCGAUGAUAUUGCUGCGCAGGAAAAGGCCUCGCAGCUACCCCAUUGGAACGCAACCGUUGCAUUCCAACUCGGCUGCGCGCUGCGCACACGGCUGCUUACUUUUGAACGGCCCGCUGUAGUGCACAUUUCUACUGUUAGCACGCCUGCACACGUGCUGUUUCAUUCGGUGACGCAUUCGGGGACGGCGCUUGAUAACGACUUCUGGGUAUCCCGGAAACGCAAUUCGGUUAUUAGAUUUGGUGCCAGUACAUGGCGUCUACACAAUGCCUAUGAAGGCGACGAAGAGAAGUUUAAGAGUAAGAUGGCGCUAGGGGAGAAGGCGGGCGAGUAUGCGAUUCACGGCGGCGGUGUACCAAUAUAUGUGAAGCACGUUGAUACGCCGGUUGCGGUUGUCGUAGUUUCUGGGUUGAAACAGUGGGAUGAUCAUCAAGUUGUGAUUGAGGAGUUGGCAAAUGUUUGUAAGAGCUUGGACAGGACGGCCUAGGGUUGGAAUAUCGCCAGGGUAGGUAAAUCCAUCUAAAACCACUUGCAAACUCGGAUUGAGUAUUCGACUCCUGGUGCACUUCCAAGUUAUAUUGACCAGCCCCGGGCUCAGAGCGACUCAUUGUAAGAUAGAGCCUUACUAGACCUACAAGGUGCUUCCUUACUCUGAGAAAGAAAAAUCUGCUCUCACCGCCAUAUAGAGAGACUUCAAGACGAGAUUCUAACAACUUUCAGGCAUCGUCUUCCUCAUCAAUGACCUGUGUAGCAUACCAAUCUUUAAGAGCUGGAGUCUCUGGAGUAUGGUAGCACUCUUCGAUCCAAGCAAGUGCGUGGCUAGCCCUUAAUUCUGUUAUCCACGCUUUCUCCUCGUCUGUCAGCGAAUCGUGGCGCCAUUUGCAGAAUGUACCGAACC